AAGAAGAAGAAAUAACACCACCACCGCCAUCUCCGCCACCGCCCACUUGCUGAUGAGAGAAGGAGAUCAUGCGGCCUCCACUGUUUUGAUUCACAGCUCGGACAGGCAGGGCAGAGAUGGCGGAAGACUGGAAGUCCGGGUAACUAUUUCAACCUGCCCUACUAGUACUGGGGUAAAUCUUCGUUGUACUAAAUAAGACAGAGGGAGUUAUCGGGAAAGCUGGCAGCUUUGUACGGUACUCGAUUCCGCCCGGAUGACAUGGAGAUAUCGGCGGAGGGAGAGGCGGAGGAGCGCAGGACAUCAUAGGUACACGGAUGAUGAGGGAAGUUGGACCCGGCCAUGUACACUAAUUGACAGAUGGCACCAGGAUACACCAUGAUAACUUUGAGAUCCUCUUUGCGUGUUUAAGGAGGGAGCACUGGAAGCUGCUGUCCAGCCUGAAGACCACGGUGGAGGGUCUUUUGUCCACGAACAACCCCAACGUGUGGUCACGUUACGGCGGCCUGCAGCGGCUCCACAAGGACAUGAACAACAUCAUGAGCCAUGGACUGAAGAAUGAGCAGGUGUACUACAAGCAGAGAGACUACUGGCCGUUUGUGUGGUGUGUUCGCUACAUCAGCCCCCACCUUGCCUCGCACAUUGAGCAGUUUAGUCACCUGGAGCCGGUAAUGAGCAGCAGGAUGCAGAGUGCUGGUGAAAGCUACAAGGCUGAGCGCUGGCUACUUCACAGCUUACAGGUUCACAUGCUGUCGGCUCAGCUCCGACCUCUGCUCCGGCAUCUGGGACAUACACGUAAAUACUAUAAUGAUGAUGCCUUUCUGCUGAGCGAGCCCCAUGUGACCGCUAUGUUCCAGUGUCUGGAAGCUGUGGAGCAGAAUAACCCCAAACUGCUGGCCCAAAUAGACACUGUUGGGCUGUCCCCUCUGAAGAGCCCGCCAUGUCUGGGCCUGUUGAAGAGUCAGAGCCUGUGUGUGUUGCCAGGGGCUGGAGGGGCUUGGAGGAGCGCUGACUUGGCACCCAGAGGAGAAUCUCUAAAUCGCAGACUCACCACCUCCAACUGCUCCCUCCGAGAAGCAGUCGCCACCAGCCACAACUCUGGGAGCACUACCGGAGUCGGAUCCCAAAACAGCAACAGCGCAAACACUACCUCUCCAGCUAGCAACCUGGGAGCUCCCUGGGUGUGUGUGUCCAGUCCGGGGGAGAGUGAGCGGGGUGUGACGCCCCCUCCUGGCCCUGUCUCCGUCCCUUGCGUGUCCCUCACAGAGUCCCCCUCGCCCACAUCCCUUCAGCCUGAGGCUGGGGACUCUGGUGACGGCGACUAUGACGAUGGUCCGGAAUACCUGGCUAUUGGCAACCUGGGGCAACGCAGUCGCCGUGACUCCCGAAGCUCCACCCACAGCAGUGAGAAGGGCGAGACCCAGGACCAGUCCCUGCAACGGGAUUCCCUGGCUCCGCCCCCACCCAGAAGCUCAUCUUUCUCAGAGGGCCAGAGGGGGCCAGGCCGGGCGUCCCGAGGACACACACGCUCGUUUUCUGACACAGGGGUCAAUCAGAAACUCAGGAACGGAGGGGGCCACCGAAAAAUCACCAUAAUAAUAGAAGAUCCGGUAGCAGAAUCGGCAGGGGACGGCUGUAUGAAGGACUACAGCCCUUUCUCACCUCAGUGCAGCGAUGCCAGCACCCCCAGUUCCCUCUACAUGGAGUCUCAUGGGUCCCAGUACAACAGUGUUCCAGAUGGGAUGUUCAGGAAGCCGUCAGAGGGUCAGAGCCUCAUCAGCUACCUGUCAGAGCAGGACUUUGGCAGCUGUGCUGACCUUGAGAAGGAGAACGCUCAUUUCAGCAUUUCAGAGUCCCUUAUUGCUGCCAUCGAGCUGAUGAAGUACAACCUGCGGCGUCAGGAGGAGGAGGGCGAGGAGGAAGGAGACAGUGACUGUGAGAUUCAGCAGCUCAAACAGAAGAUCCGCCUGCGAAGGCAGCAGAUUCGACACAGCCGCCUGCCGCCCUGCGCAACCUCCCAGCACAUUUUCCACUCCAUGGACAGCGGAGGCUCUAGGAGGAGCUCUCAGGACUCCUGCCAGGGCCUUUCUGACUCCGGCUCAGCUGAGGAGGUGGAGGAGUGCGAACUACGAGAUGGCUGUGAGGGUCAGUCCCUGCUGGCGGUGUCUCAGAACGGCCUCUCGCUGUCACUCGCCUCCCUCUUCUCAGAUGCAGACAUUAAGCGCAGUGUAAGCUCCAGCAGCAGGUCUUUUCUCAGCUCAGAGUCCAUCUCUCCAUCCUUCCUCCAGUCUAAUUCAGCUGAGUCAGUAGCCAUGGGUUUACUCAGACAAUUUGAAGGCAUGCAGCUUCCUGCAGCUUCGGAGCUCGACUGGCUGGUCCCAGAACACGAUGCUCCACAGAAGCUGCUGCCCAUCCCUGACUCUCUGCCGAUCUCACCUGAUGAUGGCGAACACGCAGACAUCUACAAGCUGAGGAUUCGGGUCCGAGGCAACCUGGAGUGGGCGCCUCCCCGACCGCAGAUCAUUUUCAACAUUCAUCCCGCCCCCAAGAGGAAGAUAGUUGUGGCUAAACAGAACUAUCGCUGCGCUGGCUGUGGCACCCGCGUCGACCCAGAUUAUAUCAAGCGACUGCGUUACUGUGAAUACCUCGGCCGUUAUUUCUGCCAGUGCUGCCAUGAGAACGCCCAGGCGGUGGUUCCUGGUCGAGUGCUGAGGAAGUGGGACUUCAGCAAGUACUAUGUCAGCAACUUUGCCCGGGACCUGCUGAGCAAGAUCACUGGAGACCCGCUGUUCAACCCCUAUGACAUCAACAGUGGCCUGUACAAGAAGAUCAAAGCUCUGGAGGCCGUCAGGGUUUUGAGGGUGCAGCUGUUUCACAUGAAAAAUCUCUUCAAGACUUGUCGCUUUGCUAAAGAGGUGCUGGACAAGUUCGACAGCCUGCCAGGUCACCUGACAGAGGACCUUCACCUCUUCUCCCUCAAUGACCUCACUGCUGUGCGCAACGGUGAUCUGGCUCCCCGAAUGAAAGAGCUGCUUAAACUUGGUACCAUGCACGUAGCUGGCUGUGUGCUGUGCCAGGCGAAGGGCUUUGUGUGCGAGUUCUGCGGCAACGACAAAGACAUCAUCUUUCCCUUCCAGCUGAACAAGUGCCAGCGCUGUGAAGAGUGCCAUGCGUGUUACCAUCGCAGCUGCUUCCGGACAGGUAAAGGCUGUCCUCGAUGUCAGCGUCUGGCAGAGCGGAGAGAGAGGAUGGCGCGCAAAAACAUGGAGGAACAAGAAGACGAGGGAGGUGGGACCUAGUGCUGGUAACAGAAGAAACUCAGACAAAAGAAGAUGAGCACAAAGCGACCAUGAUUGUAGUGGCUGACCACCUCUCUUUCCGUUCCAGUCCUCUCAGACCGGGGUGACAAUACUCGCUGCAAACAGAUGUUUUGAAUCUCAGUAGAUUACCAGAUGUGCAGGUUUUACUACAUCAGGGUAUCAGUUGUGGUAAUGUCAUGUGAGUUGUGAACAGGAACAUUUUCAGAUGCAUUUAGUGUAAGCUAAGCCCCUUUCACACAUGCACUUUACUCUUUGAAUUGUGGUGGUAUUUUGUUUCAGCAUCAUAUUUGAAUUGCAGACAGAGUAAAUUUUCCAUAAAAACUUUUACUUUUACAGAGAAAUGUCUGGCUCCACAAUUUUCUAAUUAGGAAACAUAAGGAACAUUUUUUCUUUAACUUGACAUUGGUUCAUUCUCAAUAUUUCAUUCCUAAACUGAUUACUUAAUUAAAUUUCCUUGCACAUGAGUAAUAAUGUAUUAUUUGGACAUUUCUGACAUUGGUGACACCUAGUGGCAGUGUCAAAAAAGUUAUUGUGGCAGGCAACAAUCCCUGUUGCUCCUAUCAUACGUUUUAAAAGUAAUUAUUUUGGCGGCCUUUUAGAGAAGUGAGAGCACUUGUCUUCCUUUGUGUCAUUCUUUUUUCCCUACCUUUUUUGAGCAGUGCUGCACCUUUUGUGGCAAAGGUUGUGUGAAAGAAAUCAACACUGUAUUGUUCUUUAUAAGAAAUCUAAGUGAAUGACCAAACCCCUCUGCCUUACAGGGAUAUUUGACACCAGCCAUGUUGCAGUUACAUGUGUGAAAAGGGCCUGAGAUUCACUAAACUUCUUGGCACUUUAGUCCUCUGUGGUAAAACUAAUAUAUUUAAGAUUUUAAGUACAUCGGAAAAAUAAGUACUUGCUCAGACUAUUGUACCCAGGUUUGAUAUUUCUCCUUCCUACAAUUGCAGCUUCUGGCAACUGCUUUAACUCUGGUGAUUUUAUUGGCUACAGGCUUAGCUGAAGUUUGUUUUUGUGACCUAAAAUGGCAGGAUCUAUUUUAAAAAUCAAAUGACAAGUAAAAGUUUAGUUCUCUUUUAUGAUUUGACUGGUUUUCAGUGCAGAUACUGUAUUUGAGCAAUGCUGCCCUUUAUGUUGAGGAUUUUUAUUUUAAUUUGAAAAUACUGAAGAUAUUUAACUAAUCCUUUCUUUCCCUGCACCUUACUGCCCUGUUUUUAAGCUUUCUUUUUUUAGCAAUGCUUAUGUACCUCUGGGACCAAUGAACUUGACUGGUGGAGCUAGUGGAAUUACAUUGGAUUGAAUUUAGAGGUUUCAGAGUCAGUGUUGCAAAUAUUUUAAAUGAAACUGCAAAUGCUCCAUUUUUGUGCUGCUUUGUGUGUGUGCGUGUGUGUGUGUGUGUGGUUACUAGAAAAAGCUGUGUGAAUAAGAGUGCUUGUGUGUAUGUGCACACAUGUCUACCUGCUGUACAUGCAGCCAUGCACACAUGUUUUUCACCAGCCUAAUAGCACUUGCCUGUUUUCUAACGUCGUAGGUUUUGGAUUAAUAGUGAUGGUCCAGUUAAUCGCACUGAUCCUGUCUGUUGUUUGGGGGGGAGGGGGACGUCACUCUUUGGGGAUUUUUCUAAUGUUCGUUUCUAAGAACAUGAACCUUCACCGUGUUACUGUUUCUUUCAUGAUACUCCUGUCACCUGGGUUGCACUAGAUUGUGAAGGGUUUCAGUCCAAAAUAAGAGAGCCACAACUGAAUAAAAAAUAGUCAUACUCUUAAUGUGUAGCAAAAUCAUUAAUCUCCUCUUGGACUGAAAUUCUUCACAUUUAAGUGGGUUUUCUCCUCCAACAGAUCUUAUCAGUCUAGUACAGUGGUUCCCAACCUUAUUGGCUUGUGACCCCUUAAAAGAAUACUGGAAGACUGGAAACAGUUUGCCUGGCUCUGUAUAAAAUUCCCCUGCCAGCACUGCUAACUCACUAAUGAACACUUUAUAUCUAAUUUGUUAAGGCUUAUGUACUAACUAUUUCUUGGCUGGGACCAGUAACUUCCUAGAAUCUCUGUGGUUGCCUGGCAACUGGUUAAGCUAACAGGCUACUGGCUCUAGCUACAUACGAGAGAGUGCUUGUACAAUCUUCUCAUCUAAAUUGAAGCCAUGUGACCCCUCCUUACAGUUAAUAGUCUUACUGUGCUCAUGAGUUUUGAGCAGUUGAACUAAAAAGUAAAUUUUCUUUCUUUGAUUGUUUUAUUUGAAUGAUUUUUAGAGGCCCCAAAAGGUUAAAGUAUCCAGUAUUUCACAGGGAUAGAGCAGAAAUGAUAGAAAAGUAAGAAAAAAUUAGAAAAUUGCAAUUUCUUUCUUUUCUCUUUUCUUUCUUGCACUUUUAACUAUCUGGUGAACCAUCAGAUUUGUCUUGGGACCCCUCUGGUUCGGAACCACUGGCCUAGUAUACAUUUUAGAGACACUUUUCACCAGUUACAGCUUAUCUGGACUUUCGUAAAAUUCCUUGAGGCUGAUGUUGCUUCUAGGGUUUAAUCUUAAUUGUCUAAUUAGUGUCUCUGUUGUGAGAACAGGCUUUGCUUAAUGUGUACAAUCACUCAUGAGAUGGACACACUCUCAUGCAACACUUCUUAAAGCAAUACAUGUGAUAUUCAUGUCCUUAAGCACUUGCAGACAAGUAUUAAAGAGAGAAACUGCACCCAUGUCUUUAGUUUUAACCAGGCUGCUUUUAAACGAAACACUGAACUCUUCAGCUCCUGAGCGAAGGGACCGCUCAACUCCACUGAAACGCCUCCUCAGCUCAGCAGAUUGUUUGUCCAUGGACUGCCUUUAACAUGGUGGUGUGCAGAGGUUUAAAGUGCACUACAGAUUAAAGUGUCUGUUAUUAAAAAUGUUAAUUAUUAUUAUCAUGAUUAUUAUUGUUUGUGUUAAUUUGCCUUUGUUCUGUGAUUAUGUUGACAAUAAAAGACUGGCCAGACUGUU